UGAGGAGGUGCAAGGAAAAACUGACAGCUAGGAAGAGAGGUCGGUAGGCAAGAGUUCGGCAUAUGCUGUAUAGGCGCCGGUCCUAGUAACAACUCUAGAUGGGUCGUGACGAAUCGCCACGGGAUCGGCGAAGAGCCUCACGAAGCGAUAGCGAGGAUCAUUACGAGCGUGAUAGGCGAAGCUACGCUAGUCACCGCGACAAUUCUCGCCGGCAUGGCGGUGAGAGGAAAGAAAGAUCUCGUGACAGGUCCGGGAACCGAAGACGGCAUCGGCGUUCGAGGUCUCCCGAUGAUCCGUCUGGCAAUAAGUCAACUUCCGAUGACCGCGACCGCGAAAGGCAGAGUAACCACAGGCGGGAACGCUCACGCGACUACGACAGGCAUGGCGAAAGAGAGUCGCACCGCCACCGCUCGCAGACCGACGACCACCGAGACCGCGACAGGGGUAGCAAACAAAUAGUGAAGAGAAACGGCCCCCUACCCUCGCAGGCCGACUCUUUCGCCGUCAAUCAGGGCGAGGAAGCACCCAAGCCGAAAGAGAAACCAAACUAUGGGAACACGGGCGCGUUAGCUGCAGCCUCGAACUCGGUCACGCAAUCCGAUGGCUCCAGGAUAGUGCUCAAGUACCACGAGCCGCCCGAGGCUCGCAAGGCGUCGCCGAAGGACCAAUGGAAGCUGUUCGUCUUCAAGGGAGAGGACAUCGUCGACACCGUACCCCUCAGCAACCGGAGCUGUUGGCUCGUAGGAAGGGAGACCGUGGUGGUGGAUCUGUCCGCUCAACAUCCGAGCGUUAGUAAGCAGCACGCCGUCAUACAGUUCCGUUACAUCGAAAGACGGAACGAAUACGGCGACAAGAUUGGCAAGGUGAAGCCUUACCUCAUCGACCUCGAGAGUGCCAACGGAACCGUACUCAACGGCAAGAAGGUACCGGAGAGCAGGUACCUGGAACUUAGGGACAAGGAUAUGAUCCAAUUCGGCCAGAGUACGCGAGAAUACGUGGUGAUGCUCGCGCCAAAGGACUGAGGGACGGAGCGGCAUCACCGGGGCUAAGGCAAUAGGCUCUAGUCAUCAAUUGUCUCUUGGCUGAUGGUACCGUGCUACACCACCCUUCUGGGUACGACUAUCGUUGUACGCGUCCGGAUUUCGACGGGUGUUGGUGCGAGCGAUCGCAAAGCCUUUCUCAGCAGAUACUCACACUAACCUUAUUUUUAUCUCUACUCUCGAAGAAAGCACAAGACGGCCCUAUUCUAGGCCAACACGGAA